AUGCCGAGAAGCAUGCAAAGCCCUGAAGAAUGGAAGAACGGGUCUGUAGCCAUAAGAGCAUGUGGUGCCCUCCUUGGGACGUUGGCCCAAAACUCGCUAAAGAACCUUAGACCCAUCGAUCAUUGGGGGGAUGUGCAGCGCUUAGCUACAUUCCGACUCGAAUCUCUGAGACGUUCUCAAGAAUAA